AUGUCGUUUCGCAAGCGGAACAUAGGAAUCUCGUCUGGCGAAAAUCGCGAUCCCAGUCAAGCCCCUGCUGUGGUCGCUGCUGCACAAUCUGUCGAGGGCCUUGCUGGAGUGCGCCCUUCACCAGACGAUGGACGUCCAACAACGUCAACCGGUUCUCGCUCUCUAGACAACCUCCUUGCUGGCCACGGAGGCUUGCCGCUUGGGAAAUUUUUGUUCCUUGAAGAGAAUGGCACAACCGACUUUGCUGGCGCCCUGCUGCGGUACUAUGCAGCGGAGGGCGUUGUCCAAGAGCACAGAGUACAUGUCGUUGGCCUGGGAGAGCAGUGGGGGAGGACUUUACCAGGCUUAACAGGGGCUGCAGAUUCAGCAGACGACAAGGCAGACAAGAGGAGAGACGAGAAAAUGAAGAUUGCCUGGAGAUACGAGCGCUUGGGCGAGUUUGGCACAGGAAUUGCAGGCUCACGAGCCCCUACAGCAACACCGGACAGUCCUGCAGCUUCGACCGAUGGCAGCCCAAAGCAGCAAGUGUUUUGCCAUGCUUUCGAUCUCACCAAACGGCUUACCCAUCCAUCCUUGUCUACAGUGAAUUACAUCCCUCUUACGCCUUCGCGAGGGUCGCCCUUUCUGUCCAUUAUACAGAAUAUAAAAUCAGCCAUUGCAGCCAGUCCUCCGACUACGGUACAUCGUAUUGUCAUCCCGGCACUACUAAAUCCCGCUACCUAUCCGCCAGAGGCAAGCCAGCCCGAUUAUUUGUUACAAUUUGUGCACUCUCUCCGUGCGCUUCUCUCGCAAAACAACCAUAACAUCACUGCGAUGAUCACAUUACCACUUUCUUUGUAUCCAAGGUCCUCAGGACUCGUUCGAUGGAUAGAACUCCUUUCCGACGGGGUGAUAGAACUGUGCCCCUUUCCUCAUUCAUCCGAUGCAAUGGCAACGUCCGGCGCCGCAACCGCACACGAAGAACCACCCCAGGGCAUGCUGAAAACACAUCGACUUCCCAUAUUACACGAGCGUGGCGGAGGAAGCGAUCAAAACAUAGGAGAAGACUGGGCAUUCACGCUGAGCCGACGGAAAUUCGAGAUCAAGCCGUUCAGCCUACCUCCAGCCGAAGGCGACAAUGAAGCUCAGCAGGCGGGGGGAAACAAUGGAAUGCCCAAAAAGGCCGAUCUCGAGUUCUAG